CAGAUGUCCUAUCAUUACGACUCGAUGAACGAUUCUUCCGCUCUUGAAACUUCGGGAUUCGUUUCGAGGAUGCAGAGCGACGUAGCCAAGAGGGAGGAGCAGAAGCGAAUCAACGAACUCAAGAAGACCGACGAAGGCAAGAGAAUCCUGAAGCAGCUGGGGUACAUGAAGGACCCCAAGAAGAUAGUGUCGCUAUCCGAGCGAGAAAAGAGCAUGGCCCAAGACCAGACUCAGAAGCAGCUGCGCGACAUGGUUGGAGGCGGAACAAACCCAGCGCCCAAGGUGGUGGUGCACUCAUCGACUAAGAUCAAUGACAAGAAGCAGUGGGAUAGCGCGACAUGGGCCAAGUCCACUUACAUCUUCUGAUCCCUCGCAGCGCGACAGGCGCUUCAUGUAUUCUAGGCUUGACAUACACGAACUUUGGAGCUCU